AUGGCCGCCGCUGUCCAGUCAUCCACAAACCUCUUCAGGCGGCUGGCAUGGAGCGCUACUGUGCCGCUGAACAUCCGUCUGGCGGCCGCUGGUGGGCCCGUUGACCAGUACUUUAUCCAAGCUCCGCGAUACACGUACCUCGCCCUCCUUCUGCCAACCAUCCGUGAACACCUAGUCGAGCUCGCCCUCGACGACGAAGCACUUGCCCGUACAAACGAGUCUGAAUGGUGGUUUGAGCUAGACGCAUCCGACUCGCCCUUCCCCAGCGACGCGGUUCGCUGGCACUGGCCACUCGACUUGGUGGACCUGUGCGCGACCAUGUUGCGCCCCGCCUCGUCUCAAUCGGAAUCCGAACAUCCUAUCCGUCUCAUUCUGCAUCUGUCGGGAGCUCCGGGAGACAAGCUCGCUGUUCCGCCAACAGUGGAGGCUGUGAAGACGCAUUUCGUGAGCCAGGUCAAGGAGGCCGAUUUCGUGCGGUGGGGGAAUACGAAGCGGGUGACGGGGUUGCGCAGGGCCGACCUUGAGGCAGGGUGGGAUGGCGUCGUGGCCGGCGAUUACGAUUUACACCAUCGCAUGGCAGGGCGGAUUGUACCACUGCCGAUUCCGGCCAGUCCGCCAACUAGCCCUCAACCCGACAAGAUCGAUAGCGCAUAUUCGGCGCGCAGCCUCCCCAUCAAAGUCUACCUGCCAGACGGAGCGGUCGCGAUACAGGCCCCGGUGGCGCCGCUUACGGACGGACAGCCUACAACUCUCCUCCAGAUGCUCCGCACUAUGCUGCCGCUCCUCUUCGAGAAUGGAUACGGGGCAGCGCAGCCUAUUGCCCAGGGUAUCCUCCUGCCGCCGGACGCCGACGUCGCAUGGCUCGCGGCAUGCAUGGCGGGCGCGGACGGGUGGCUGCGUAUCGGCAUCCGUCUCGUCGCCGAAUAG